AUGCCGACAAUACGGAAUUCGGUGAGUGUUUGGAUGGAUGAGCUCAAGACUUACCACACUUUGUUAGCUAUGUUGAAUGCCAUCAAUAGGAAAAUGUCGAAAGUGAUUGAUCUGAACGAGACAAUUGAUUUGACCAUCGAUGACAUGAGCGAUAAGAUUGAUGAUAGUAUCGACAAAGACGUGUCCGAUGGCGAAGACGAUAAUAAGGGUUCAAACGGUAGUAACAAUGGGAAGGGUGUGACCACUCGUAACUCAAUGCGAAAGAGUGUCACCAAUGGUGUGACUGACGAUCAUAUUUGCGAUAAACUGCCGGCGAAUAAACCAAAGGCCAAGAAGAGGAAGAGGAACGCAACGAAUGCCGCACAACAAGCGAACGGCGAUUCUUCGAGCUCUACAACGAAAGCCAAAUCAGAUAGAAGUGGUCCCAAGAAGUACUGCAAACCGCAGUACAAAUUCUCCUAUUGGUUGCGAGAAGACCAUAGAUCUCCCAUAUUUGGCGUUCAAUUUAAUCAACACUUACCCGACGGUCACAACUAUUUUGCAACCGUUGGCAACAAUCGGGUCUCCAUUUAUGAGUGUAUGAAUGACGGAACCAUUCGUUUAGUCCAAUGCUAUGCCGAUACGGACGCCGACGAGAGCUUCUAUACGUGCGCCUGGAGUUACGAUGACGUGACGGGUGUCCCGCUAUUGGCCGCCGCAGGCAGUCGAGGCAUUAUUCGUAUUAUUAGUAAUACCGCUCAACAGUGUAUUAAACACUAUAUCGGACACGGCAAUGCUAUCAAUGAUCUCAAAGUGAGUCCAUUGGAUCCAAACCUCUUACUAUCGGUGAGCAAAGACCACACGUUAAGACUGUGGAACAUAAAGACCGAUCACUGUGUGGCCAUUUUCGGUGGCGUCGAAGGACACAGGGAUGAGGUGUUGUCCGCCGACUUCCAUCUGCGCGGCCAUCGGAUAAUCAGCUGCGGAAUGGAUCACUCGCUGAAGAUCUGGUCACUGGAAAAGGAGGACAUCCAGAAGGCGAUCAAAGAGUCGUACAAAUUCAACGGCUCUAAAACGAACAUUCCGUUCAACACAAUGCGCGAUCACUUCCCGCUGUUCACCACCCGAGACAUACACCGCAAUUACGUGGACUGCGUUCGUUGGUUCGGCAACUUCGUGCUGUCCAAGUCGUGUGAGAACGCCAUCGUGUGCUGGAAACCGGGCAAACUCGAGGACGAGAACGACAUCCAAAUGCCGAAGUCAUACUCAGGCGACUCGUCCUCCACUCUCGUCCAUAAGUUUGAGUACAAAGAGUGCGACAUUUGGUUUAUGCGCUUCUCUAUGGACUCCCAGCAGAAGAUCUUAGCGCUCGGCAAUCAAUCCGGGAAAGUGAAUGUGUGGGACGUGGAUGUCGACGAUCCCCAGAUUCCCAGGUCUACGUUAUUAACUCAUCCCAAGUGCACGACAGCCGUCCGUCAAACAUGUCUUAACGCCGACGGCUCUAUACUAUUGUGCGUUUGCGACGACUCAACGGUCUGGCGGUGGGAUCGGGAGCUCCCGGGAAACGCUGCGGCGGGCGUUACCGCCGCCCCUUCCGUCUCACUCAACACCACCGCUAACACUAACGCCGGCGACCCAUUAGAUCCGGUUUAA